AUGCUCGUCGUUGGUCUUACGGGCGGAAUAUCCACAGGCAAAUCCACAGUUUCGAACCUGCUCAAGCAACGCGGUGUGCCCGUCAUAGACGCGGACAUCCUCGCGCGCGAGGUUGUGGCACCCGGUACACCGGGGAUACGCGCCAUAGUCUCCGAGUUUGGUCAAGAGGUAUUGCGGGAAGAUGGAAACCUUGAUAGGCCGAAGCUUGGAUCUAUCAUAUUCAACGAUGAGCGCAAGCGCAAGAAGCUUAAUGCGAUUGUACACCCUGCUGUGAGGAAAGCUAUGGUGUGGGCAGUGCUGAGACACUGGAUGCGUGGAGAUAGGGCCUGUGUACUUGACGUCCCACUACUCAUUGAAUCUGGUAUCUGGCACUGGGUGGGGAAAGUCGUGGUCGUAUACUGCUCACAGGAGAUCCAACUACGACGACUGCAAGAGCGCGAUGGCAGUACCCGCGAAGCCGCACAGUCUCGCGUCAAGGCGCAGAUGCCGAUCACCGACAAGCUCGACUACGCCGACCAAGUUCUCGACAACUCGGGCCGGCCAGCCGAUCUUGAGCCGCAAGUAGAUGCACUCUUUCUGCAGAAGCUUUACGAGAUGGUGAACGAUACGACGAAUAACGACUUGAUACGGUGGUCAGAUGCAGGGGACGCAUUUCUCGUCCUCGACCACGAACGCUUCGCACGCGAAGUUCUAGGACGCUGGUUCAAACAUCAAAACUUCCAAUCAUUUGUCCGCCAGCUGAAUAUGUACGGCUUUCAUAAGAUUCCUUCGCUGCAACAGGGCGUCCUCAGGUCCGACUCCGACACAGAGAUCUGGACAUUUGAACACACCCAUUUUCGCCGCGACCAGCCCGAUUUGCUUUGCUUGAUAUCGCGCAAGAAGCAGGCGUCGCAGCAACCGGCGAACGCGAUCGAGAAUAACGCCAACGUUGAGGAGGUGCAGACGCCCGCUACCCCUGCAACCACGGCGUCUGCGGCGGGCGGUGGUCAGGUGCUCGACCUUAACCAGAUUGUUACUGGCAUUCAGGCUAUCAAGCGCCACCAACAGACCAUCUCGGCCGACCUGAACGACCUCAAGGCAUCGAACCAGGCGUUGUGGCAGGAGGUCGUCGCUGCGAGGGAGCGCCACAGCAAACAGCAGGAUAUGAUCAACCGCAUCCUCAAAUUCUUGGGCAGUGUGUUUGGGAGGCAGGAUCACGAUGCAAAGAACCACGGGGACCGCGUUACGCCUUCCCCUCCGCUCAUGGCAAGACACGGGCAGCGUCUUAUGAUCGGCGAUGUUGAGAAACCGAAAAGGCAGGUGGAGGUUGUUGAGGUGGAGGACGAGGCGACGCGUUCGCCGACGACAUCUUCCAAGUCUGAGUCCGAAUUCCCGACAACCGCACAUAUCGACACACACUCGGUCACGUCGCCUGCCACCGAACGCACAUCAAUGCUCACGCCCGCAACAGAAGCGCCGCCUCCUUCCUUUUACGUCGACUCCAACGCAGAGACGCCCGGCCCGUGGUCACAGGCGCAGAACCCGCUUCCGUCGACUCCAACGCCAUAUCCUACCCUUGACCCCAGUCAAGCGCAAAUAGAGUUGCAUCGCCCGCAGCCUUCGCAACCUGGAAUGUACCCUGGCGGCGGCCCGUCUCCCUUCCCAUCUUCCCUCCCUGCAAAUACGCAAGAUAUGCAGGCUGCCUUCCAAACGCUGCUCAACUCGCCCACACAGUUGCAACGGUUCAUGGACGCGUUGAACGCCGCAUCUGUUCCUCCCCCUGCGCCACCGCCUGCGCCACCCAUGCCUACACAGUCCUAUCAACAACCCGCACAACAACAGCAACAGCUAAAUAACAGCGCUGUGCAGGCAUAUGUCCCUCCCUCCUCAUACCCACCCUUCGACUUUUCGCAGUUCAACCCUGAAAUGGCGAGCGCGUUGUUACCAACAGGAGACGAUGGAACUGCUGCGCUGGCUGGACUCACAGAUAACCAGCAACAGCAGAUGGCGCGCACAUGGAAGGAUGCGCAGGAUAUCAACCAGGAGGUCGACACGAUCAACGACAACAUCCGCUCGCUCAUGGAGAACAUGGGCUUCGAUCCGUCUACACUGGCUUCGCCCGAGCAGCCUGAUACAAUAUCCGACCCUUCAAACGCCGACUUCGACUUUGACGCUUUCCUCAGCACGUUCGGGUCAAAUACAGCUCCGGACGCGGGGUUCAUCGACAGUGAUCCCGUUGCGUCGUCCGUUGUGCCUGGAGAUGGCGAUAUGAGUGGUAUCACGGCGUUCAUGGACGAUGUAGCUGCUGACCCUGCUCCGCGCGCAAAAGCGCAAGCUCAGGCCCAAGCCGCUGCUGUGGACGCUGCGAGGAAACGACGGUCAGAUGCGGCAGAGUUAGAUGCAGGUUUGAGACCCGUCGUACCGAACGGCGCGCCACCGCCGAAAAAGACGAAGGCUUGA